AUUUAAAAUCCCUUUUAAUUUUAAUUACAGAGGAUCCUAACAAGAAAUUAUCUCUGAAGGGAGGUUUUGGAUGGGGUCAAGUGGCUGAGAUUAGAGCUACCAAGCAGGAUGGUGAUGCUAAGAAGGACCUGUUCUACGCUACCGUUGCCCUCGAUGAGUCCCACUUCCUUCAGACAGAAUACGGUGGUUCAUACGAUAAUGUCAAGGCUACCAUUGAUGCCCUGAGGAAGGAGGGAACUACCUUUGCCAGCCAAGCUAGGAUCCAGAUUGCUGAUGCUCUCUUGGAGGGUAACAACAACAUUGCAGAUGUUGCUGCAGAAAUGAAGAAGGCCAAGCCAAACCUUAAGCCAGUUAUUGAAACUUACCAGAAGGAACUGAAGGCUCUUUCUGACGAACUUGCCAAUGAGAAACUUGCCAAGGAAAUCACUGACAUCAUUAAGGAAGUCGUCUCCCGCAUUACCGCUAUUUUGGACAAAAUCCAGACAGAGCUGCAUAAGUAUGUAGAGAUCCUGGAGAAACCUUUGAAGAGGUUGAGUGAAACUGUGAAACAGUGGGUUGCUAAACUUACUGAGGUUUAUGCCUCCGUUGCUGAAUCAGCUGUUGGUGCAGUUGAUGCUAUUGCCCAGGUGAUUGCUAACUACAUGAGCCAGGUUGUCGAACUGGUCCGUAAGCAUGAGGAGGACAUCAAGAAGAUUGCCACCACCGUUGGUCAGGGUAUCCAAGACAUUGGCCGUAUUGUUAGCAAGGCUGUUGGGCAGAUCCGUCAUGAAGUAGAGGACUUUGUCAAGCUCUUCAUGGAACAGCUGAAGGCUCUUCCCAUCUAUGAGGUCUUGAAGGAAAGAUACGCAGAGCUCAAAAAGAUGCAAGUACCUGAGCAGACUUGGACUAUUAUUCGUGACAUGAUUGACGCCCUGGGUGCCUCCAUGCCUACCCCUGAGGUCGGUGAUCUUCUGCAGACUAUCAGCAGCUACGCUGAGAAGCACCUGAAGCACCAGAAGGUUAAUGACCUGGAGGAGCUGAAGGCUAUCUACAACAACGCCAUCCUCGCCCUGAAGUCCAUCGUCAAUCUGAUCAAGUCUCAAAUUUCCCAGGAAGACAUUGACAAACUUCUCAAGUUCACUGCUGUGCCUCUGCCUGGAUCCUCUUGGUUCCAGCUGCCUAUCUUUGCUCCCAUUCAUUUCAGCCCUCUUAAGUGGCUGCAGAGUGGCGACCUGCCUUCUCUCUCUGAUGCUUACUACACCUACAGACCCACUCUCAACCCCCUUGACUGGGUGCCUCCUUACAAGAUGUAUGGUAUCCUUGUGGACUCCAGCAACUUCUACACCUUUGACCGUAAAUACUACAACUUCAAGGGAGCCUGCUCCUAUGUUCUGGCCCAGGACUUUGUUGAUGGCAACUUCAGCUUGAUUGUCAACCUGGAGGGUGGCAAGUUUAAAUCAAUCCUUUUGAAUGAUGCAAAGGACUCCAUUGAACUGGAAUCUGACAUGUCAAUCCUCGUAAAUGGAAAGCCUCAGGACUUCCCUGCCCAUCAGGGUGGUCUGUCUGCUUGGCGCCGUUAUGACAAUGCCAACCUUAGGUCCGACUCAGGUGUCUUUGUCACUUGCGACAUGAAGAGUAACGUCUGCCAGUUCUUCCUUAGUGGCUUCUACUUCGGCAAGACCCGUGGUCUUCUUGGCAACAUGAACUAUGAACAGUUUGACGACCUUGCUCUUCCCAAUGGAAAGAUUGCCAACAAGAUUUCCGAGUUUGGAAAUGCAUGGAAGGUAAACUCUGAGUGUGCUGAUGUCCCUAACGCUGAACACGACCAUGGCAAGGAAUCUUACUCUGAGUGUGCUAACAUCUUCAGUGGCAACUCUCCUCUCAGCUCUUGCUUCCCUUACAUCAACCCUGGUGCUUUCCGUACCGCCUGCGAUCACGUUGCUACCGAGGCAAAAUCUGAAGCUGACAAGAAGAAGGCUGCCUGCAAUCUGGCAUUUGCCUACACUCAGUCUUGCCGUUAUGAGCAUGUGAAGGUUGACAUCCCAUCCAGCUGUGUCACCUGUUCUACUGGUUCUAGCAAAGUAGCCCUUGGAGAUCUUGUCAGCGUCAAGUCUCCCCAGACUUCAGCAGACAUUGUUCUGGUUGUAGAGCAGAUUACUCCCAAUGAGGAAGUGUUUAAGGACCUUGUUGUUCCCCUCAUUGCAUCUCUCAGCAAUGAACUCAAGGGCAAGGGCAUCACCGAUGUUCACUUCUCUCUGCUCGGAUUUGGAGCUCCUGACCAGAAAUGGCCGUCCCACUACACCUCUGGUGGCGACCUCUCCUUUGAAGGCAAGAGCAAGAACAUUUGGUUCGGUGCUCCCACCACCUAUGAAAAGCCCCUGGAUACUGUUGAAAAGAAGAUUAAGUGGGUUAAACACCAGGUUGACCUGGAGACUGGAAAUCUGAGGCUCAUUGACGCCUUCAAAGAAGCUGGAGACUACCCCUUCCGUGCUGGUGCUGUCAAGUCCAUCAUUGGUGUGAUGGGUCAGGCUUGCGAGGGCUCUCUGCUGCCCAUCUCGCUUAUGCAGAUUCGUACUCACCUUGCCAGCUACGCUUACCGUGACCAGGGCAUCUCCCUCCACAUCAUCUCUCCCUUGAGUGAUCUGGCCCUGGACAAUGACAAGCCCUCAAGUGAAAUUGUUGGCUUUGACUCUGAGCAUGUGUACACUCUGGGCGAUGACAAGAAGAAGCCCUUCGAAGGUAGCUCAGAGCUGCGCGACCACCUCAAGAACGAGUCAGAUACAUGCAUCAAGGUUGCUCUAGGUAGCUAUGGAUCAGCAUUCAGCUCAAAGAACUUCUUGGCCUCUAAACCACCACAGAGAAAGCAGUUUGUCAGUGUGGUCUCCAAGAGGGUGACUGACUCUCUGGCAGGAGGUGAAAUUACCCAGGACUGCAAGUGUUCUCUGCAUGAUGGUCUUCACCCCAAACUUAACUGCAGAGUUGUCAACCGAGCGGAAAAGAGGCACGGGUGAAGACUGCAGCGUGAAGAACUGACAACCUAAUU